AUGACUUCUAACACAUGUAUCGUACAUUCUCAUAAGAAUGUAUCUAAAUUUCACACUGCCACUAAACAACUUCGUCUUGAAAACUGGUUUCCUGCUGAUGUUUAUCAACAGUUGCCCAACAAAUGUUGUUCAUGUAAUGGAAAGCGAGGCUUGAAGACAAUCGAUCUGGAAGUACUACGUAAAAUAUGUGACGACAUAAUGCUGUCAGCGGCUUCUACACUCAAAUUUCGAUUUUCAUCAAAUAUGAGCGAACUAGUGUCAAUGGAAGCAUCGGAAGACAAUUCUGAUGAAGAAGAUACCCAUAAUGAAGAUACAACUGAUGAGUUAGACGAGAAAAUACCAAAAAAAUCGAAUUCCACAAUUAAUGCUGAAUAUAACAGGUCGCCAGUUCCAAGGUUCGGCUCCGUAAGUUGCCGAUCGAUAUCAGUCGGCAAAUACCCGAGUUUCACUAUCACCAGUCCGAGUCUUCCGAUGCAUUGCGGCCAUCGGAAUCCUGCCUCUAUGUUCCGGCCACGUCCGACGUUUUACAAUCCGUAUCACUCGACAACUCUUGACCUGGAUACAGAAGACCAACAUAAAUCGUCCAAGAAAGGAAUUAUAAAACAAGACUUCUCAAAAGUUUUAGAAAACUUCAAAGUUACAACAGCAAACGAUGGAUGCAUUGUACACAAUUCUAAAUAUCAAUCGAAAUUUAAUUGUGCUACUAAUUUACUGCGACGUACAAAAGAAUUUCAACAACAAACUUAUCAUGAAUUGCCAAAGAAAUGUUGCUCGUGUAAUGGAAAAACAGGUAUGAAUAUAAUUGAUCUGAAUGUAUUAAGUAGUGUGUGUGAUGAAAUCGAGUCAGAUCGAGCCAACGAACCAGUAUUAAAGAAACAUGUUCAUUUAUUGACUCUUUCAUUUGAACCGAACAUAUCUCGUUACAUACGUCGAGCACGAACUGGUCGUUUUAUUGGAAAAGGAGGUGAAAAUGUUCGUGCUGUGCAAGACAAGUACAAUGUUUGUCUACAACUUAUCGACAGAUCCUCUAAUGAAAAGCGUUGUCAACGUCUCGAUGAACUAAAAAAAACUGAUGAAAAAGAAGAUAACAAAAACAGGGAUGCCCUCUACUUAUUAGUUACGAGCAAAACAAAAUCGAUAACAAAUACAAUUCCCAUUGAAGAGAUCAAACAAGAAAUAACUCAGAAAUGGAAAGAGAUAAAUACAAACUAUGUUCCUGCAUCAACAUCUAGUUUCAAUCGUACUAACCCACGUAAACAAGGCCCUGCGCCGAUAGCAUCGAUCGAGCCAAUAGCCGAUAACCGUUGGAAUUCAAAACGGCAUCGUCGUCGACAAUAG